CAAACAUAAUGUAUAUCACAGAGCUCAAUGGUUUCCUUUAACCCAGACACUGCGCUGCAUAAACAUGCUUGUCACCAGAUUUGGUGAAUUUUCCACCUCACGUGCCCAGACAGUGAUCCCCUCUUUGGAAUGACCACUUUGACAGAUCAGGGGAUGGGCCAAUAAGAGAGAGAGUGCAUGAAAGAGGGGGAUAAUGAAAGAGAGAGAUAGCAGGAGAAGGAGAUAAGGGAGGGUAAGAGCUUGCAGUGGAGGUGAUGAGACAAAAGGACAGGUACUAUUCUACUAGUGAGGAGAAAGACUAGUCAGUUGACAGAGAGAGACAGGCAGAUAGAAAGCACAGAGCAAGAUAACCUCAGGUGUGUUUUUAGUGUUGGAUUCAAAGACUAUUAUCAUCAUCAAACCACUCUGGAACAAAAAAACGGUCAAGAGGAAACCAAUAUCUAACCAAGAAAAUAUCUACAGUAUUCUCCACAACAGAAGACUGGAAAGAGAGCUGCGAUACUUGUAAAGACAGUACAGAGACUGUUUCAUCGUUUUUAUUCGUCAGCCCAGUAACUGACCAUCAUGACACAUCAGGUCAGCCGUUCUCCGUUCCUCAAGCCCUUCUACACGAGGACCCCGGUUGGUGGGGUCAUUCCGCGAACACAGAGACGCCACACGCUUCCCGCCAGCGAGUUCAGGAACCUGACCCCACAGGACGCCAUCAGCGUGUUCGAGAUCGAGAGAGAAGCAUUCGUCUCUGUCUCUGGUGAGUGUCCACUCACUCUUGACGAGGUGCUGAACUUCCUAAGUCAGUGUCCUGAGCUCUCCCUGGGCUGGUUUGAAGAGGGCCAGCUGGUGGCGUUCAUCAUCGGCUCAGGCUGGGGCAAAGAGAGACUGGAGCAGGAGGCCAUGACCCAGCAUAUCCCAGAAACCUCGGCAGUGCACAUCCAUGUGCUGUCUGUGCACCGCCACGCUCGCCAGCAGGGUAAAGGUUCCAUCCUGCUGUGGCGCUACCUGCAGUACCUGCGAUGUGUGCCAGGCCUCCGGAGGGCCCUGCUGGCCUGUGAGGAGUUCCUGGUUCCCUUCUACCAGAAGGCAGGCUUCAAGGAGAAGGGGCCUUCUGCCAUCACUGUGCCCAACCUCACUUUCCAGGAGAUGGAGUACCACAUCGGCGGAGCAGCCUACGCACGGCGGAACAGCGGCUGCUAGUCACUGCCGGCCGUUACCACCCCAUUCAUAAUCACAUCAACCCUAGCACUGGAACUCAUCCGCCAUGUUAACAUAGACUCUGGUCAUCACAGUUGACCGUCCAGACCACACUAUAGCAGACAGACAGAUCCAAGCACCAACCUGGUCUCAGAGCAUUUCAUAAUAUUCUGCACGUAAAUUCGAGACACUCCAUUUAGUAUGAUAGUUUACAUUUGGUAUGGUUACAUAAGACAGAUGGUUACUUAAGAAGGGUGGUUGGUCAGGAUGGGUGGGUGGGCGUAUAACACGAACAUCUAGCAAAGGUUGCGUGUUCAAAUCUCACCACAGACAACUUUUCACUACUUACUACUUUUUUUUAAACUACUUAGCAUGUAAUCCAAAACUUCCCCUAAGCCUAACCUUAACCCUUCUAGCUAAUCUUCCCCUAAACCUAACCCUAACCUUAACCCUUUAACUUAACUCAUAAACUUAACCCUAACCCUAACCCCUAGCCUAGCUAAUGUUAGCGAGCCAACUAACGUUAGGCACCUAGCUAGAAUUCGCAACAUAUCAUAGGUUUUGUAAAAUCCCAAUAUAUUGUAUGUUUUGCAAAUUCUGAACAUAUAAUAUGAAUUGUAAUUUGUAACAUAUCAUAUACGAAAUGGGUGAUGGACGUCUACCAAUCAACACAUACCAUACCAAACGUAACAUAUCAUACUAAAUGGAUUGUCCCAGAUAUACAUACAGAAUAAUAUGAAAUGCUCUGAGACCAGGUUGCAACCAUAGGUGCUCCAUGAGAGAAGGCACUGCCCAUCAAUCUCAGCUGCAGCACCAGCAGGCUCCGAGACACCAUCUUUCAGUGCCUCACAGACAGCAUCCCGACCCCCUGCAACAUAGAGAGGGGACAUGCACCAUCACAUGAAGGGGACAAGAAUGGGUUUUCUUAGAAAACAGCAACAGAAAGCAAAAAAAUGCCUGUUAGCGAUAGAAGACAGAAUCAGAAUAUGUUUGAGAUGCAAUGUCGAGUUUCAGCAUACUUUGUGUAUACGUCAUUGAAUUAUCAAAGUUCUAAUUUUGCAGUCCCAACAUUCUUCAUUUUUAUUAUGCUUAAUUUUGAGAGUAUUUAAAUUAAAUGUUCCUUGCCACAAAUCAUACUUUGUAGUACUAUUCUUGUUUGAGGUCUUUAUUAUUACUAAUACCACUAUUGUUAUUGAGAUACUAAUACUACUAUUGUUAUUGAGAUACUAAUACUACUAUUGUUAUUGAGAUACUAAUACUACUAUUGUUAUUGAGAUACUGUUACUGAGAUACUACUAUUAUUGAGUUCUCUGAGUGUGAUGUAAAUACCAUUUUAUUUUUGUAAACCCUAUUAGUCCUCUGGUGUGUUGAACUCUUAAGCUGUUGCUUAUCUUUUCGUAUUAACACUAUGAUGUACUAAGGCAAUAAAGGGAAACAAUGCCACUGAUUUUAUAGCUCCUCAUACUCCCUUUAACAUUGACAUACAUCAUGAAAACAGUGGUGCCUUCAACAAAGCUGAUUGUUAGCGAACGGUAACUAAUGUUCAUGUCUGAAAGUAAAGGGCAGCAUCAAUCACCAUAGAAAAUCAGACAGACUUCACUGACGGAUUUCUUUUCAAUUUUUUUUACUGUUCUAUUCAGUUACAUAUGAGUAGAUAGGUAGCUAAAACACUACCUUGUUUCAGUCAAUCAUUACUUCUUAAGAAGCAAUAAACAAAUAAAAGGAUAGCAUUCGAGUGCUCAACGUAUUGUAACAAAAAUAUGGCAGUAGUUGGUACAUUUAUCAGCAAGGCACCAAAGGUAUUAAUGUCUGAUUUGUUUGUCCCUGGUUGUUUUGAGAGGUUGCCUGAAUAAUUACAAAACCUACUCCUGGAUUGUGAGUGUUAAAAACAUGAAAAUAAAAUA